GUGGAUUCCCAUUCUCACAUAUAAAUAAACAAAGCACAAUAAACAAAAGAAAUUGAAUGAAUCCUUAGAAUUUCACGCUCUUCCUCUGGUUUUCCUUCUCUUCCUCUUCUUCUUUCUUCUUCCUUUCAUCCUUUUCAAACUUCCCGCAUUAAUUUAACCGUCUUUCACCUCCUCCCUCUCCCAUUUCACCCCUUUUCGCCGCUUCUCAAUCCAUUCACCGCCGGCGAAUCUCUCUCGGCCUCUAUUUCCCAUCUGGGUCUCUCUCCGCCGGCGGAUUCCUCCACCCAAUGUUGCCCUUUCACUCCCUUUCCGCCGCUCAGGCCGCUCUUGGCCGGAAUCUCACCUUCUUCGAGACCCUCUGGUUCAAUUACUCCCACGACAAGUCCGAUUACUUCCUCUUUUGCCAUAACAUUCUCUUCCUCUUCUUGAUUUUCUCCUUUAUUCCCCUUCCCCUCAUCUUCCUCGAGCUCUUGCAUGCUUCUGGGAUUCAUAAGUACAAAAUUCAGCCCAAGGUUCGAUUGCCAUUCUCCGAGAUUUUCCGCUGUUAUAAGGACGUCAUGCGUAUGUUCUUUCUUGUCGUUGGCCCUCUUCAGCUCGUUUCAUUCCCGUCCAUUCAGAUGAUUGGGAUCAGGACGGGUCUGCCAUUGCCUUCUGGGUGGGAAAUUAUUUCUCAAUUGGUGGUGUAUUUCAUGGUGGAGGAUUAUACCAAUUAUUGGAUUCAUAGAUUCCUCCAUUGCAAAUGGGGGUAUGAGAAAAUCCAUUGUGUUCACCAUGAAUACACUGCUCCUAUUGGAUUUGCAGCUCCUUAUGCUCAUUGGGCUGAGGUUUUAAUCCUUGGAAUUCCCUCUUUUCUUGGUCCAGCUAUGGUUCCUGGUCAUAUGAUCACCUUCUGGUUAUGGAUUGCUUUAAGGCAGAUUGAGGCCAUUGACACACAUAGUGGGUAUGAUUUCCCUUGGAGUCUAACGAAAUUUAUACCAUUUUAUGGUGGUGCGGACCAUCAUGAUUACCAUCACUAUGUUGGAGGGCAAAGCCAUAGCAACUUUGCUUCAGUAUUUACCUACUGUGAUUAUAUUUACGGAACUGACAAGGGGUAUCGCUAUCAAAAGAAAAUCCUUAAGCAGUUGAAGGAAGAAGUGAAGAACAUUGAAGGGCCAUACCAUAGCACAGCCCAAGAUGUGAAAUCGGACUAGACGAUGAAAGGGGAUACAUACUUUGAAGGAUGGGUUUUUUUCGUGUCGGUAGCGACGUUACGUGAUCUCUGAUUUGAAGUUUACUUGGUCGAGACCGAAUCACCAACAAGGUAGUUAGGGACUGUGGGAUGGAAUGGAAAUUAACAUAAGGUCUAUAAAAAGUUUGUUUUUUUUGUUAGCUUAAUCUUCAGGGCUGAGAAUUCAGAUUCUCCAGUGGUGUGGUUUAACCUUAUUGUGCAGAUAAAACUCCUAAUAAAACUCCUAAUAUAAAUAUGUAUUCUGCUUGUGAAACUUCUUGAUUUUAUUGGGCUAUUUUAGAUUA